GGUUUUGGUUUUCAUUCUGAAGAGCGUGUAAAUGGUCGAACUUUCCUCGUAUGUCUAAGUCUCUCCUGUCUCGUAUCACGCCUCGCCACAGUCGCAGCUCCAAAUCACCCACCACCAACACCAUCACCAUCACCUAUCGUAUCAAGAAAAUAGUCAACGAACUCUGUCACAUUCUCACAACCCGAAACACCCAUUGGGAACAAACUCUCGAAACCCGACUCUCUGAAGAGGACAUCGUUCCAUCAGAUGUUGCCCACCAAGUGUUUGAUAAAAUUCGCGACGUUGAAUCGGCCUUGAAAUUCUUUAAUUGGAUUUCCCAGCGGCCUUAUGGUUGUCCGCUUGAUGGGGUUGCUUAUUCUUCUCUUUUAAAGCUCUUGGCCAAAGCAAAAGCUUUUCGUGAGAUUGAUUCGCUGUUCAUUCGUAUAAAAAAUGAAGAAGAACCGCCCACACAUGAAGCUCUAAAUGAUGUCAUUCGAGCUUAUUCGGAAUGUGGGUUGAUCGAUAAAGCUCUUGAUAUCUAUUCAUUUGUUGUUGAAACAUACAACUGUGUUCCAAACGUGUUUGCUUGCAAUUCUUUGUUGACUGGGCUAGUAAAAACCAAUCGUUUGGAAACUGCAUUUCAAGUGUAUAAUGAAAUGCUUCAUAGAAGUGAUGCGAGUGGAACUGGUUGUUGUGCAGAUAACUACAGCACUUCUAUAAUGGCGAAUGCACUUUGUAAGAAAGGAAAGGUGGAAGAAGCCAAAAAGUUGAUUUCUAACAGAUGGGGACAAGGCUGCAUACCCAAUGUUGUUUUCUACAAUACCCUCAUUGAUGGAUACUGCAAGAAAGCGAAGACAUAUGGAGCAAUGAUAAAUGGUCUUUGCAAGGAAGGCGAUUUCGGCAUCGUGGAGAGGCUUAUGAACGAAAUGAAGUCGAGAGGUUUGGCGAUAAAUGUAAACGUUUAUAAUAGCAUCAUUGACGCUCAAUGUCGACAUGGUUGCAGGUUAAAAGCAGAGGAGAUGUUUAAAGAAAUGAUCAAGAUUGGUUGCCCACCAGAUAUUAUUACAUAUAAUAUCUUGAUAUACGAUUCUUGUAGUCAUGGGAAAGCUAAAGAAGCUGAAGAACUCAUGGAACAGGCUGCAAGAAGAGGAUUGAGGCCAAAUAAGUUAACUUUUACCCCCUUGUUAAAUGCAUAUUGCAGACAAAAUGAUACAGAAAAGGCCUUCAAUUUGUUCAUUAAAAUGAUCGAUAGUGGAGAAAAACCAGAUCUUUUAACCUACGGAUCUCUUAUUCAUGGGUUUGUUGUUUUGGGUGAGGUCGAUACUGCAAUGGUGAUCUUGAACAAGAUGAUCGAAAAAGGGGUGUUCCCGGAUGCAGGGAUUUAUAAUGUUUUGAUGAAUGGAUUCUGCAAGAAAGGUAAACUUUCUGCUGCCAAGAAUCUGCUUUCUAAUAUGCUUGAUCAGAAUGUUGCAGCUGAUAAAUUCGUUUACGCAACUUUAAUCGAUGGAUUUGUUAGAGAUGGAGAUCUUGAUGAAGCCAAGAAUCUCUUUGAACUCGCAAUGGAAAAGGGUCUGAAACUUGAUGUUGUUGGGUAUAACGCAAUGAUCAAGGGUUAUUGUAAAGUUGGCAAGUUAAAAGAUGCGGUUUCUUGCGUCAAGCGGAUGACUAAAGCUCGGGUUUCUCCCGAUGAGUUUACUUAUUCGACAAUCAUUGACGGGUAUGUAAAACAACAUGAUUUGGAUGGGGCGUUGGGAAUCUUUAGUCGUAUGUUGAAACAGAACUGUAAGCCGAACGUGGUCACGUAUACUUCUCUGAUUAGCGGAUUCUGUCAGAAGGGAGACCACAUCGGUGGUGAGAAAUUAUUCAACGAAAUGAAGCUUCGUGGGUUGAUACCGAAUGUGGUCACUUACAGUAUCGUAAUCGGAAGCUAUUGCAAGAUGAGAAAACUAGCAAAAGCGGCUUCUUUUUUCGAACAAAUGUUGGCGAGCAAAUGCAAACCGAAUGACGUCACUUUCCGUUAUUUGGUCGACGGAUUUGCAAAGUAUGCAGGAGAUGCAGUAUCCGAGAAAGAUAUCAAGAACUCAAUGUUUCUUGAUAUUAACAGCAAGAUGAUAUCAGAUGGUUGGUCUCCAAGGCCUGCUGCAUACCGAACAAUCGUUGUUUGCCUUUGCCUUCACGGAAUGCUCGAUAUUUCUUUACAGUUAAGCAAAAAGACAGCAAUUCGCAAUUGCCCUGUCGUUUUUGGUGCAUUGCUAUAUGGUAUAUGUUUGGAAAGGAAAGCAGAAGAAUGGAACAGACUUAUUUCCUGUAAUCUAAAUGAAUCAGAGCUUCUUGUUGCCGUAAAGUAUUCUUCGAUUUUCGACCAGUUUUUCCGACAACGGGCGCCUUCGGAAGCUUCAGUCAUUUUGCAGAAGUUGGUCGAUGAUCGUAAGUCUAAACAUUACAAACCGGGCUGCUUAGAAGUUUCGGUAAGCUAA